AUGAACUGUGCCAUUAAGAAGAAAAGACGCGUUGGUAUUGUAGGAUAUGGACACAUAGGAAAAUAUUUAGUUGGGGAAAUAUUAAAGAGAGAUGAUCUUGAGCUCAGUUUUGUUUGGAACAGAACUUCUGAAGCUCUCCGGAACAAAAUAGAUGAUCGUUACAUUCUGGAAGAUUUAUCGUCCUUUGCAGAAAAGACUCCAGAUUUGAUUGUUGAGGUUGCACAUCCUUCAAUAACAGUAGAGUUUGGUGAAUCAUUCCUUGAUGUUGCUGAUUACAUGGUGGGUUCUCCAACUGCUCUGGCAAACUCAGAUGUUGAAAACCGUCUGAGGUGGAAGGCUUCUAGUGGUAGCCAUGGAAUUUAUAUACCCAGUGGCGCUCUUUGGGGUGGUGCUGAUAUCAAGAAAAUGGCAGAUAUAGGGACUCUAAAGGGACUGAAAGUAACAAUGAAAAAGCACCCAUCUUGUUUUAAAUUGAAUGAACCUCUUAAGUCAAGGAAUGAGCAAGUGAACACAGAACCUGUUGUACUGUAUGAUGGCCCUGUUCGGGAACUUUGUCCUUUAGCCCCAAACAAUGUGAACACAAUGGCAGCAGCAGCACUGGCAGCCCACAAUCUGGGAUUUGAUAAGACACAAGGAUGUAUUGUGGCUGAUCCAAGUCUAAAUGCUCAUAUUGUGCAAGUUGAUGUCUUUGGACCCGGUGAUGAACAAAACCAGUUCACAGUCAAGACUGUGCGCCAUAAUCCAGCAGGAUCUGGAGCCAUCACUGGCAAUGCAACAUAUGCAUCAUUUCUUUGUAGUAUGCUGGGAGCCCACAGUCAGGGACCUGGACUUCAUCUUUGUUGAAUUAGCUUUCAAAAAAUUUGUAUUUUUAAGAAUUUUUCUUUUUUGAAAAAAUGGAUCCCAAAUAAAAACACCUUUUGGUAUGUACACAUA